AUGCAAUCCUCUCAUCAGGUUCCAGUUUUGCCUAGGUCUAAAAUAAAUAACUAGUAUAUUCUUAAGGAUAGAAUCGGCGCUGGUUCAUUUGGCCAGAUCUAUAGAGGUUACGAUUAAGAAAAUAAAAGAGAUGUUGCUAUUAAGUUGGUUCUUAACGAGGCAAAAGUCCUUAAGCAUAUUAAUACCAAGGGGGGUAAGUUGAAUAUAAGUUUCUUUAAUUUUUUACCUAUGGUAAAACAUUACUUUGCUAUUGGAAGCAACUUAAUAUUCCCAGUAUCGAAGAAAGUCACUGGAUUUCCAAAGCUUUACUGGUUCGGCAGAGAAGGAGAUUUUAACUUAAUGGUUAUUGAACUUCUUGGCAGGAACUUAGAUGAGACUCUGAAAUUUUGCGGCAGGAGAUUUAGUCUUGAAACAGUUCUAUAAAUCGCUGAUCAACUACCAGAAAAUUUCUGUCUUGGUUAUGGUACUUCAAAGGCUAACUAGGUCUAUAUGAUUGACCUCGGAUUGUCUAAAAGGUACAGAGAUUCCAAAAGAAGGACACAUAUCCCUCAAGCGAACCACAGAGGACUUACUGGAACAGCUAGAUAUGCUUCAAUUAAUGCUCAUCUUGCUUAAAGCAGAAGGGAUGAUAUGGAGAGCAUUGGGUAUGUACUGGUCUACUUGAUUAAAGGGGAGUUACCUUGGUAAGGUGUAAAGGCAUAAACUAAGCACGAGAAAUAUUAGAUGAUUAUGGAGAGGAAGAUGUCUUUAACUAGUGAAUUAUUGUGCUAAGGCCUACCAGAUGAGUUUUAAAGUUAUCUAUAGUAGGUUAUGGAUCUAGGCUUUGAGGAAAAACCUAACUAUGAGUUUUACAGGUAAUAAUUUAGACAGCUAGCAAGAAGAGGCGGAUUUGAUUUAAAAGCCCCAUAGUUCGAUUGGAUAUUAAUAAAGGAAAUGAGGAAAAGACAAAGAGAAGAGAAAAAGAAAAAUAAUCAUCAAGUUGAGAAUUAUGAAGAAGAAGUGAAAAUUAAAUCGUAAAGACCAAAAGAUGAAUAAUGCCUGAAGAGUCAUAAUAAAUCAGAGAGACCUAAAAUGUAAACAACUCAUAGGAUUGAUUUCAGGGACUAUUUAGACACUCCUGUUGAUUAAGUAAUAUAAAUCUUUGAAGAUUGUGUAACCUUCUAAAUUGAAAGAGACUUAGAAAGAUUUGAUAACAGAAAAUUACAAUUUCUAGAAAGACUUUCACGAAUGGAUGUAAGCAGAUAACCUAUUGAUAAUAAUGAUGCUGCAAUGUCAGUUGAAAGUGAAGUAUCAAUGAAAGAAUCAGUAAAGUAUUUAGAUACUGACAAUGGUUUUACCUAAGGAUACUGCUUAGAUAUUAAAACUUAGCUUUAGUAUCAUAACUCGCUUUUGUGUUAAGAACCGAAAUUCAUAGAUCCAUUAAAUAACUAGCAUGUGUAAUGGAAAUUUGUUAACAAAUAGUGGCAUGGCAAUGUUGAUCUUGUCUAUUAAAAAAUAUCAAGCAGCGAUGAGAUUCUUAUUACAAAUAGUAGUGAUAGUAGUGGCACAAGUAGCGAAGAUAUCAGUAGUAGUAAUUCUGAUGAGAGUGGUAACAGUGAUUCUAAUGAUAAUGAUGAUGAAAGUAGAAAAGUUGAGAAAGGAAGCGCAUGA